AUGGCUAAGAGGAGGUUGAAAUCAGAAGAUGCUAGGAAAGGAGAAAAAAUUGCCUCAUGGAUAGUCAAAAAUGCGAUGAAAGCGAAAAUCCGGGCGGGGAGCGGAUUGUCAGCUUUAGGAUCAUUAGCUGGUGGAGCAGCGGGUAUAGCAAAAGCUGUUAAUGAUUCAAAAGCAGCACAAAAGAGUCUUCAGGAAUCUGAAAGACACAACAGAAUGAUGGAAGCCGUUGCUCUAGGAAAAGGAUUAUACAUUAAACCUCAUAAACAAGGAGCAGGUUUAUAUCUUAACCCCUCAAAAAACUAA